AUGAGGGCGUGGGCGGCGGUGCUGGCCUUGUGGCCGGUGGUGAGGGUUGCAGCCGGGCGGCUGCCCGCCUUACCGAGCAUCACAGAUAAGGCCUUCAUGGAGGACUGCAUGCGUCUGCACAACGACCUCCGCGCCGCAGUCCAGCCGGCCGCCAGCAACAUGCGGUACGUGACUUCGGAUGCAGCUUUGGCAAGGACUGCAAGGGCAUGGGCAAAUAAAUGCAUUUUUGAACAUAACGUAUACUUAAGUAAGAAACAUCAGUGCCAUCCUAAUUUCACAUCUAUUGGAGAGAAUAUUUGGGUUGGAAGUCCUCAAGCAUUCUGUGUUGCUGAUGCCAUUAAAUCGUGGUAUGAUGAGGUCAGAUUCUGUACUUUUGCAGUGCAGAACUGUAGUAAGGUUUGCGGUCAUUACAGUCAGGUUGUUUGGCACUAUUCAUAUAAAAUUGGCUGUGCUGUUACUCUUUGUAAGGAAGUUGCAGGAAUACAAAAUGCGGCAAAUUUUAUUUGCAACUAUUCACCAGCGUAA